GAGCUAGCUGCCAGCUGUGAGGGGAGCUGCGAGAAGGGCCAGCUAAAGUACAAAAAGGAACAAAGAAGCAACACCUAACAACUCAAACUCUUACACAGGUUGAACCCAUCAAGUCUACCUUUUGCAAAGGACUCUUCGUCAUCUGAAAAGCUGCAUCAUGUUGCGCCUAACAAUGACUCAAUGCCUUAUAAGCACCAUGCUCUACACGUGGCUGCUGUGCAAUGCCCAAGGCGAGUCCGGCAUUCCGGCAAUCCAGCUACGUCUGGUUGGAGAAAAGCGAAAGAAACAUGAGGGCCGAGUGGAAGUUCUCUACAAAGGCGAGUGGGGGACAGUCUGCGAUGAUGACUUUUCCAUCUACGCCGCCCAGGUGGUUUGCAGGGAGCUCGGCUUUGUGGAUGCUGUGUCAUGGUCGCCCUCGGCCAAGUACGGCAGGGGACAUGGCCGCAUCUGGCUAGACAAUGUGGAUUGUAACGGGAGAGAGAAGAGCCUCGCCGAGUGUCGGUCCAACGGCUUCGGAGUGACCGAUUGCAAACAUUCAGAAGACGUUGGAGUGGUGUGCUCCCAACAACGCAUUCCAGGCUUCAAGUUUAUGCGGACUCCGGCCAACGGCGAGGAGGGUUUGCCAGUUAAUGUGGAGGAUGUUCGGAUAAGGGCCACAUAUUCUCACAGAAAAAGAGUACCCAUCACCGAGGGAUUUUUGGAAGUGAAAGACAAUGGCAAGUGGAGACAGAUUUGCAACACAGCCUGGACGGAAAUGAACAGUAGAGUCAUCUGUGGCAUGUACGGCUUUCCUGCGGACAAGCGCUUCAACAACAAGCCCUACAAAUUGCUAGCAAAGCGACGCAAGAAGAACUACUGGGGUUUCUCCGUGAAUUGCACUGGCAAUGAGGCCGACUUGUCUGAUUGCAAACUGGGUGGGGAGAUCGAGUUGCAGGGUAAUGACACGUGUGAGCAAGGCAUGCCCGUUGUGGUCAGCUGUGUUCCUGGACGUACCUUCGCUCCCAGCCUCAGCACAGGCUUCAGCAAGGCAUACAGAAUGGAGCAACCCCUCGUGCGAUUAAGAGGUGGAGCCAUGACAGGAGAGGGCCGUGUGGAAGUGUUGAGAAACGGCGAGUGGGGCACAGUGUGUGACGACAACUGGAACAUUCAAGCUGCCACCGUGGUUUGUCGAGAACUGGGCUUCGGCAGCGCCAAAGAGGCCUUGACCAGUGCCAGUAUGGGACAAGGCAUCGGGCCAGUGCACAUGAACGAAGUGGAAUGUUCUGGUUUUGAGAAAUCUCUGACGGAGUGUCACUUCAACCGGGAUUCACUAGGCUGCAGCCACGAGGAAGACGUUGCUGUCAAGUGUAACGUUCCUGCUAUGGGCUUUAAGAACCGACUUCGGUUGUCCGGCGGACGUAAUCCCCAUGAGGGUCGCGUGGAGGUUCUUACUGAGAAGAACGGCUCUCUGGUUUGGGGAGCAGUGUGCAGUGACAGCUGGGGCACGAUGGAGGCCAUGGUGGUGUGCAGACAGCUGGGAUUGGGAUUUGCCAGUCACGCUUUCCAGGAGCGUCAGGGUUGCCACAACAUCUUGAAGUUCAGGAGGGCCUCUACCUCCAGUGAAACGUGGUACUGGCAAAGCGAUGCAACAGCUGAUACUAUUGUGAUGAGUGGAGUUAGAUGUUCAGGAACUGAGCUGACUCUGGAUCAGUGCCUACAUCAUGGGAAACACAUUCAAUGCCCUAAAGGGGGUGGACGUUUUGCUGCUGGAGUUGCCUGCACUCUGACGGCCCCUGACCUGGUCCUUAACGCCCAAGCAGUGGAGCAGACUGCAUACCUAGAAGACAGACCUAUGUACGCCUUGCAGUGUGCCCAGGAGGAGAAGUGUCUGUCCAGCAGUGCCGACAACGCUGACCCAAAUUCUUACCGCCGACUGCUGCGCUUCUCCUCCCAGAUACAUAACAAUGGCCAGUCAGACUUUAGGCCAAAGGCUGGGCAUCAAUCCUGGACCUGGCAUGAAUGCCACAGGCAUUUCCACAGUAUGGAGGUGUUCACCCACUAUGACUUGAUGAAUUUGAAUGGAACCAAAGUGGCAGAGGGUCACAAAGCCAGCUUCUGUCUGGAGGACACUCGUUGCGAAGAAGGCAUUGAGAAGAAAUAUGAAUGUGCCAACUUUGGCGCUCAGGGCAUCACAGUGGGCUGUUCAGAUACCUACAGACAUGACAUUGACUGCCAGUGGAUCGACAUCACAGAUGUUCCUCCUGGCGACUACAUCCUCCAGGUUGUGAUAAACCCAAACUAUGAGGUUGCAGAAUCCGACUACACCAACAACAUAAUGAAGUGCCGCAGCCGCUUUGAUGGAAAUCGUGUCUGGAUGUACAACUGUCAAAUAGGUGGCUCGCGCAGCUCAGAAACAGACGACUCAUUUCCUGGAUUGCUGACCAAUCAACUUUCGCACAGGUAGACAGACUUAUGGAAGGAUGCAAAUGAAGCACAGAGGAGUGUCUCACAACCACUAAAGGAGAAGAGGGAUGCUAUAGCUAAGAACGUGGGACUUAGAGUACAAGUGCAAAUGGAUAAAUGGCACAUUUAAUGACAUUUGAGUGUGCAUAAUGUAGUAUUAAAUUCUUAAAUUCACAGAAAGUCUCUUUUACAGCAUGCGUUGUAUAGACGUAAAUGUCUACAAAAUCUUAUUUUAUUGUUGAUAAGCUGACAAAGAGGUAAAAAGCAGACAUAUUUUUUUCAAAGUGACUGUGAGGAAAAUGAUCCCGUAAAUUAUUCAAUCUAUACACCACAUGCAGUAGAGCUCUUAUUUUGUGGUGCUUUUGUAAAAAUGUAUAUUUUAAAAAUGGUGCUUUUUGAUGAACAUUUCAGGGAAAAAUUGUUGCCAAAUAUGUUUGUGAAUGUUGUGCUAACAGUUACCUUUGAGUGGUCAGUACAAGAAACCUUCACCUGUUUAGUACAAGAAAAAAACAUUUUGUUGCAACAUUAUGUUUAGAUGUUCCCUAAUGUCAGUAGAAGCCAAAUGAACAUCAUACUGCUCCUACUGUUUCCAACAUUUGAGGGGUUUUAAUUAACAUUCUACAUGAACAGCUUUCAGAUAAUCGAACACAAUUCCAUUAUUUUGUUAUAGGAAUUUCAUGAAACGCAAUUUACUCAAAUCAAAGUAUUUGUGUCUUCUACCAAGGACUCUGAAUCUCAAAUACUUGACUUUCAAAAUGUUUUAUUUAUUGACUGUUUGUUUUCAGUUUACAAAUGCUGUCCAUCAUCUGUGUAUAAUCCCCUCAUCUUCCAUUAAAUUAUUGCUGUCAGGAACUGUGGCAAAGCC